AUGGGACAAGCAUGUGUAGCAGUGGAUCCUAGCCUGACAUUGUAUCGGAGCUGUUUGGCGACAGACCCCUGUGGGCCCCAACUAUCUGACGACAAGCUUCGCCUGUGCAGCGAAAAAAUUAGUGAUGUUCUUGCUCCACUUUCCCUACCGGCACGCACGCACGCAGCCGACGACAAAACAACGACAGAUCUACAUGCGGCUCAAGAUAAAGAUGGGUUGAGUGGGUCUGGAGCUCAAGAGUUCGUGGAUUCCCAAGCAACUAGUGAAUUCGCUCGGCAAACCUUGGGUUGCUUGAGUGCAUCGCGAUCUUGCAGACAAUUUACUGAUCCAGAAACUGCUGGGGAUUUGGGUGUUUGA